AUCAACAUCGGCAACGUCGUUGGUUUCGUUUAUGUAGUGCACGAUUGUGCACGCUUCCCAUGACGAAUAGCUGACGCAUUUAUUCCUUAGUCCUUGUGUGGACGCCUGACAUGGCUUCCCAUUUGGAAAUCAGUGACGAGCACCAAGACGUGGCACUUAGCUAUCUGAAGUUUGCAAAGUUCCAGAGGUCACAGCGUCUCAAGGUGGUGGCCAGGUGCUUUGACGAUCUUAAGGAAUCUAGAUUGAUGGAAGAAACCUAUACUGCUGAUGAAGUUCGUGACAUUUUGAAUGCCUUAUGUUCCGUUCUGACUGCGGAAAUGGAAAGUGAACUCAUUAAUUCCGCGCACACAAACGUCCUCCUGCUGCAGCAGUUAUUUAAACAAGCGGAGCAGUGGCAUUUGAAGUUACAUGUUGACGUGUCGGAACUGGAAGAUGGGAAUGCAAUUGAGCAAGUCCGAUAUUUCGAAGAUAGCAUAUCACCUUCAAAAGGGGAGACAAUCCAAUCAUUUCAGACCAGCAAAUCCAAUAAACUUGAUCCUCUAGAAGACAAUCAAGGCCCAGUUGGGCUGCUGAAAAAGUACUCCACGUAUAAUAUUCCACAAUGUUCCACGGGAAAUUUGUUGCAGAGUCUUCGUAAGAGCAGCGAAACACAGAAGCACUUAGAGAAAGGUUUGACCCUUACGAAGCAGAAACUCCUCGAAGUACAAGCACAGCUGGACCUCGCAGAAAAGGAGCUGGAGAAAAAGUUCAGCCAAACGACUGCAUACAACAACAUGAAAAAAAUGCUGGUUGCCAAAAACGACCAGAUUAAGGAACUAAGAAACGCUCUCGCUGUGUACAAAGAGGGAGAAAAUUGAAGGUACAGUUGCGGCAGGAGCAAUACUGUAGUCGUGCUACGAGUAGAAACGUAAAGUACCCUUCGCGGCUCACCGCAAAUUUGAAAUUACUGAAAGCUGCGGCACAUUCAUAUGAACACUUACGUCUCCUGGAUCUAGUAAUUCAGAUGAACACAGAAAUAGCAGGAAAAAUGCACAGUUCCAGUGGACCACGGUUAUAAAUUAUUAGAAGUCAAGAGGAACGUACACUUUCUGGGGGUGGUAAUUGUUGCAUGUUGGAAUCCAAUGUUUGCUCACAUUCAAUCGUCAGGAGUGGGUAGGAUGCUCUGACCUUAUAUCGCGGUACAAGUGAUGGAUAUUAGGGAGUUUUGGGGAAUCUUGAGCGCCCUCCAAUCCCUUACGACUUAAAGAUUGUUUAUACUCCGGCGUCAAGUCGACGAGCGAGAGCGUGCAACGAGGUUGACUGCCGUCGAAGUGUUUAUACUCGGGCGGUAGACGAAGACGAAGCGUCCGAUUGCGCCCGAUUGCGUCGGGCGACGCUGUCUGCCGUUGGAGUAUAAGCAGCCUUUUACGCCUUGCGACUCUCUGUGUACACCAAGUAAUCCUAUCAUUUGCGUUGGAGACAUCUGUUGUGGUGGCGCAUACAGUGUUACCCCAUUUCGAGGGAGACCUACGAGGACGUCUGUUAUGUCUUUUGUGAGAAGGUAAUUUUAUGUCCCUGUAGAGGAGAUGUCGUCCCUCUAUACAUGAGGGCUCAUCGGCAGUGAUGGAAUAUGCUGUGGAGCGUGUGGAAGACGACUGAUCAGACCAGGGUGAUAGGCAGAACUGACUGUUUAUUCCAGAGCGCGAGGGGAGAUGUCGCGCGGAUAUGGCCGCUACAAGCUUCUCAUCCGUGGCUUCACUCCAGUGACUGGUGGUGGGAGAUAUAUUUAUUAGAAGACAGAAGAAAAGGAAAAAAAAGAAGGAAAGGUCUAUGACUGGCUUUGCCAUAGUGCAUCGGGUCGUCGUCGUCGUGCACGGGUCGCUACAUCACUCCACCCUCGGACGCGGAGCGGUGCUUGCGGUUUGGUACGCGUCGAUACCACGGACAACGAAUGAGGACAACAGAAAGACAAGGGACGACAGGGCACAUGGUUUGUGGUAAUGUUAGUGGGUAGGGCAGAGCUGCAUGGUGACAUGGGCAAAUGCCAUGUAAGCCUCGCGGGUUCCAGUAAAGGGAUGAACCGGCGUGGGCUCCAGGGGUAGAGGGCGGGAGCAUCGCGAACGGUACAUGAGCGGUCAGCUCCAAAAGUUGUCGUAAAGGAGGUGCGGGGGAGCAUCAUCGUGAAGCAGGUGGAUGCCGGGAACGAAGCUCACGUGGUCUCCCUGUGAUCCUUCGGUGGAACAGAGAUGCUGGUUCCCCUUGUCUGCCAGCGGGGCUUAAGAAGAUGAGGACCAAUGGGGAAAGUCAGAUGGGAAGAUUUCACGGGCUGGGUUCCUUGACUGCUUGCAUUGGAGAUGCGUGUGGUACGGUCGACGCGGCGUACCGCAACCGGUACUGAAGCGCGUGGCUCAGAAGGUUGCCGUUGGUGGAUGCUCGAGGUGGACCGUCGCGAAGCGUGAGCGGCGUGAUGCUGUGAAGGUGACUGUAGCGGUGGUGCGACUUGCGCGAUGCGGAAGCGACACGGUGAAAAUACUGAGAUUCAACGUGGAGCAUCACCGCUUAGCGAGCCCUCCGAAGAACAGGUACCGUACCUCCAGCGAUGGCUUGCAUGAGAGUUCCGAGAGGGGUCUUCAAAGGGAGCAGUGGCCUCCCCCUGCAGCUCCAAAAUCACCAGUGGAAAUUGCACGCUUUUUACUCUCAGGUUGUCAUGAUUUAUACUCAUAUGCCAUCAUAAUUGAAUCUUAUCCGCCGGAUCUUCCGCAUAUCAGAGGUUUCAGUUGUGGUUGUCCUACUGUCUAGUCCAUUGUUUGCAUGCGUUGCUCCUCCUCCCAUGGAAGUUCUUUGCCCUCCUCUGGAAAUUAUCCUGGGAACGCCCAUGAUGGCGUCGUAUGUGGUCUUUCAAAUUUGGGAUGGUGAAGGGCCGAAUUGUCUAUCAUAACUGCGGUAUUCAUUCUCUGGGUCACCAAAUGUAGAUAUGAUGUCGUCCCACUACGCGAGUCCGGCAAUGAUGGAAUGUCUCGGAGGGCCGGACGUGCUGGGGAGUUCCUCAGCCCGUGGCGUCAUUCCAGGACGUUGCCAGUAGCCCGCAAAGGCUGUAGGAAGUGCAGAACGAGCUGCGGAACUCGGAUAGGUAUUCGAUAUUUUGAUAUCGCUAAUGUGUUCUCACGAAUGCGAUUUCGAGUCACCAGUAUCACUUUGUUACCUUGCUGGUACGACACAAAGCAUGAUUUUUGCAUGACAGCUUUCUGCGGGACAAAAGCUCCCCGAACAUCGGAGCGCUGCCUUUCAGAGUCCAUGGGUCCCCAGUAGCUUCACUGGUCCAUCCCUGGGAACGAGUGCACGCACCCUCAUCCGGCCCGUCGGUACCGCACCGGAACAAAUGACUGCGACCACGUGCUCGGGGGGACGCUUGCCCUUAAACUGCUUCUACUCCAAACCAGAGCAUUGCUUUCGAGUCGCACCGUUAUGAAAGCGUCACUGAAAGACCGGCAAAAGCGGUUCUCCCAAAACUUUCCUUUUCCCCCAAAAGAAACAAAAUGGGAUCAACGUGUUUUGCUUUGGCAUCUUUUGGGUAGAAUUCGAGCAGCUUUCAUUAUUUACCGCUGUUUCCGUUCCUCUUCUAGAGGACCUUUCCAGUCACCCAUAUUUUCGAUUUAACCGAGAUGCUGCUCGCGGUGUAUCCGUAGGCGCCGUCCGAUGAGGGUAAUCGAUGUAAGAUGCAUCACGAUACGAGGUUCAGUCAUACUGCCCACCCUGCCUGCCUGACUUGAUGAAGCUGUUCUUGAUGUUGGUAUCUUUAUUGUUAGUCCAAUUGUACCUGAUGAAUCUAUAGCUACAUGUUAAACGCAACUGUUUUUGUCACUGUUAUUUACACUGUUCUCUGUGUGUGACAUCUUUUGUGUGAAUUUCCUAAUAGUCACAC